AUCUUAGUAGGAGUAAGAGAAAUUCCAACAAGUCUUCUGGUUUUCUCUCGUCUGGUGAGGGAAAAUAAAGUUAAGAAGAAGAUUGAAAUGAUUCUGUUUUCAGGAACAAUGGUAUCCUUACCACAAUUCCUCUCAUUUUCUAUUCCUUUUUCUUUGAGCACAAAUUUUACUAUAAAAACUCCUCACCGCAGUGCAGUAUCAAACUGCAAGUGUGCUUCAUUUAAUAUAAAGGCAAUCAAUUCAAGAACCAGAGUAGUCCGUUCAAAAAGGGUUUAUGAAAAAUCCGUUAAAGGAAAAUGGGAAGAACCUCUUGAUGGAGAAGAUAGUAGUGAUGACGAAGAACAAGAUGAUUGGAGUGAAGUACCAGAAGAAAUUGAAGAAGAUGACGAGGAAGAAAGACAAGUUUCAGUUUCUGUAAGUAGUGGGAAGUCUUUUACCAAAGCUCAGUCUGAUGAAGACUUCAUCAGAGAAGUUGAAUUACUUUUGGGUCCAGAAGAAAGGGCAAUCUUGGAACAAAAUGAAGCUCCUGAUCUUACUAAAAUAUCAACUAAAAAGUGGAGACCACUGCAUAGUCUUGCAUUAUCAAGUCAGAAUUAUUUUAUGGAUAAACUUCUUGGACAUGGUGUAGAUAUUGACGGUAUUGAUAAGGAUGGUUUCACUGCUCUUCACAAGGCAGUUAUUGGUAAAAAAGAGCCUGUUAUCAGUCAUCUUUUAAGAAAAGGCGCAAAUCCUCAUGCUACAGACAGGGAUGGUGCAACCGCGCUUCAUUAUGCAGUUCAAGUUGGUGCAGUCCUUACUGUGAAACUGUUGAUUAAGUAUAAAGUUGAUGUAAAUGUUGCAGAUAAUGAAGGUUGGACUCCACUGCAUGUUGCUGUACAGGCUAGAUCUAGAGUUAUAGCAAAAAUUUUGUUGGUUAAUGGUGCGGAUAAGACAAGAAAAACUAAGGAUGGGAAGACACCUCUUGAUCUAAGCUUAUGUUACGGAAAAGAUUUCAAGUCAUACGAGCUCGCUAAGCUUUUGAAGGUCAUGGGAGAGAAUUGAGAUACAUGGAGCUGUACAAUGACAAGUGCGCCAGAUUAUGAAUCUCUUCUCUAGCUUCAAAUGGGUUAACAAGGAAAUUGACAGUUGUCGAUUCUUUAAGAAAAUGCAGAAGAGAUGAGUCGGCCUUUAUGGACAUGGGGUUCCUUAGAAACUAGUUGAAAUCUUUUAUCCUCUCAACACCUGGAGCUCAAGAGAAACGGGUUUUGCAGUGAAGAAAUGCCUAUUAGUUAUAGGACAUCUUUAAAUCUCUAUUUCAGUUUACUUACAUAUAUAUGGUCAUACCAAGAACGCGAUGUAGUCUCUAUGGAUUUAUAAAGUAGCAAGUCAUAUGUAUAAAGACUUUCUCGUUUUAGAGUUCAAAUUUUACUUUCUGUA